AUCUGCGCAGGCUCUGAUGCCUGGCUUCCUGGGGGACUUCCUGGCUUCCAGAAUCUCUUUCACUUUUGAAGAAGAUAGUUUGGCCAGAGAUGCACGCAGCAGUGGGCCCAGUGGAGGAGCAGGGGACAGAAGACUUCUAAAGAUUCCUUCAUGAGGCCUAGCCUAAACUCAGACUGAGAUCUUGAAUCCCCCUCUGUGCAGAAUCUCCCCACCUCGUCCUCUGUCACAGUAAUGGCCUUAGCAUGGGACACUAGAAAAGGAAGAAUCUGAGGAACGCAGAGCAGUUUCUCCAGGAGUGAAUGACAGCAAUCACAUGAUCCACUGCAGCAGAUCAAUUUACAAUUAUUUUCCUGCUACAUGAAGCCACCCCACAACUUAAACCCCCUUAAAUCCAAGGACAGAGCCUACUAUUAUCUCCAUUGUCCCCCUCCCACAGGAAGCAGCCAAUAAGAGAGUAUACCUCCUCUUCUUUCUAUCUGUCCUCAGGGUCAGAUAAAUGACCUUAAUGACCUAAAAGAAGAAAACUUAGACAAACAGAGAAACCCCUGGCUCAGCAUAACAGCACACUUGCCUGACAGGAAAGCCAAAGCAGUAAAGAGAAUAUCCACUGGCAUCAUUCAUGAAACUAUAGAGAACACAUUCUCUGUAAACUUCACUUCCCAGAGUUCCCUUUUCUGCCCCUGCACCUGGACACACAGGCUCCAUCCCCAGGAAAGAUCUGAGUCCUUCGGUUGUUCUGAUAAGAGGACAAUCUGUCCCUGUAGAGGCUGUUCUGCUCUUAUUUCCAGGAUCCCUCCAUCAGUUCUGAUCAAACGCCCUUUCUCAGAGCAGAAAUGGGUGGCAGAGACAAGAAUUCACUGGCCUCCUGCUUGGAGUUACAAUAGAAGGAAGAGGUGAAGCUGUAUGGGAUUUAGCUGCAUAGCCAGGCAUCAUCUGAGGGCUCUAUCACCAUGGGAACAGCUCAGUCCAAGAAUGCGAGUGGCUCAAAGGAGGCUCAGUAUAGGCGCCGACUGUUCUUGGAACGUACUCAACACACAAGGAGACAGAUGGACCUGGAGCGGCAAGAGAUCAAAGCCCAGGCCGAGAAGGACUCGAUGCUAACUCCAACCAGCACGCAAUUCAUUGAAUGGAUGGAUGAGAGGGAACAAUUGUGCAUGAACCAAGAGACUUGGAGACACUUUCAUAACUCAAAAAAAAAAUCUGAUGAAUCGGAAUCUGAGGACUCUGGAUUAGGAAGCAGAGAACCCUCUUCCUCCACAAGCACAAGCACAGCCAUCAUGCAGCUCCCUGAACGGAUAGAUACUGAGAAACUAUUGAGCACAGAACAUGAGUCUCAGAGACAUUUUCGGAUAUCAAAGAAGAAACUUGAUGAAUGGGAACCUGUGAACUCUGGGUUCAGAAGUGAAGGAAGUGUUCCGAAAAUAUAUCAGAACCUUGAAGAAAAUGAUUGUCUUUAUAAGACAGAGAACUUGAAAACAGAGGGCUUGCUCCAAAAUUUCACCCAGCUACUACUCUUACAAAAAUCUUGUCCAAGAGACUGGGAGAACAUGGUCAGAAAAAGCUGGUAUCAAUGUGUAGCAGAGAAAAGAGGACAUCUGAUUGAGAUCCAAGAUUUAUUUCGACCAAACCCAGAUACACAGGAAACGCCUCAAUUAGUUGUAUUACAGGGGGCUGCUGGCAUCGGGAAGUCAACACUGGCCAGGCAGGUGAGGAGAGCAUGGGAGGAAGGCCAGCUCUACAGGGAUCGCUUCCAGCAUGUCUUCUACUUCAGCUGCAGAGAGCUGGCACAGUGUGAGCAACUGAGUCUGGCUAAGCUCGUAGCAAAAGACCAGACUGUGCCCCCAGUUCCCAUCAGGCAAAUCUUGUCUCACCCUGAGAAGCUGCUCUUCAUCCUAGAUGGCAUAGAUGAGCCAGCUUGGGUCUUGGAAGAUCAUAAUCCUGAGCUGUGUCUGCACUGGAGUCAGACACAGCCUGUGCACACACUUCUGGCCAGUUUGCUGGAGAAAUCCAUCCUUCCUGAGGCUUCCUUGCUGCUCACAGUUCGGACCACAGACCCGAAUAAGAUCAUUCCGUCUUUGGGACAGCCACAUUGGGUGGAAGUCCUGGGCUUCUCUGAGUCUGGACGGAAGGAAUAUUUCUACAAAUAUUUUUCAGAAAAAGGAGGAGCAAUUAAAGCUUUCAGCUUGGUUUCCUCAGACCCAGUGCUCUCAACACUGUGUGAGGUACCCUGGGUGUCCUGGCUGGUCUGUACUUGUCUGAAGCAGCAGAUGGAACAAGGGAGACAACUCUCACUCACCUCAAAGACCACCACAGCCCUCUGCCUGAAAUACAUUUCCCUGAUUCUCCCAGACCAUGCCCUGCUGACCCAGCUCAGAGGGCUCUGCUCACUGGCUGCUAAGGGGAUCUGCAGAAGGAGGACCCUGUUCAGUGAGAGCGAUCUCUGUGAACAAGGGUUAUCUGGUGAUGUCAUCGGCACUUUUCUGAAGAUUGGAAUCCUUCAAAAGCAGCCCAGCUCUCUGAGCUACAGCUUUUCCCACUUGUGUCUCCAGGAGUUCUUUGCAGCAAUGUUCUGCAUCUUGAAGAAUAAGGAGGAGAAACGUGGUGAUAUGAAAAUAUACAGAACUGUGGAAACACUGAUAGAAGUGUAUGGGAAAGAAGACCUGUUUGAGGCACCCACCAUACGCUUCCUGUUUGGCCUGUUGAGUAAACAAAGGGUUAAAGAAAUGGAGAAGAUCUUCAUCACCCGCUUGCCUCUGGACACCGUGUGGGAAAUGCUAUAUAAAGCCGGAACAUUGCCCGAGCACUUGCAUCUCUGUUCUCUGGGGUUGUUUCACUGUUUUUAUGAGACUCAGAAUGAGGGGUUCCUGACACGCGUGAUGCACAAUCUUCAAACAAUAAAGGUUUGUGACCCAACAGAUAUGGCUUACCCAGUGUUGCAGACAAAUGUAAACCACCUGGUGGUCCAGACAGACGUGGAGCUCAUGGUGGUCACUUUCUGUAUUAAGUUCUGCCGCCAUGCGAAGAGGCUUCAGUUGAGUGGAUAUGGACAGCAGAGACCAAUACGGCUGGCCCCCAGGAUAGUUCUGUCAAGGUGGAUCCCUUUCACAGAUACCAGUUGGCAGAUUCUCUUCUCCAUUCUUGAGAUCACAGGAAGCCUGGAAGAGCUGGACUUAAGUGGAAAUCCAAUGAGCUUCUUAGCACUAUGGAGACUUUGUAGAACCCUGAGAUGCCCUGGAUGUCACCUAAAGACAUUGCGGCUUGUCCACUGUGGCCUCACAUCCAGCCACUGUGAGGACCUGGCCUCAGUGCUCAGUGCCAGCUCCAGCCUGACUUUGCUAGACUUGCAGCUGAAUGACCUGGGAGACAGUGGUGUGAUGUGGCUGUGUGAGGGGCUCCGGAGUCCUUCCUGCAAACUCAUAAUCCUGCGGCUAGAUCAGGAUUCUCUCAGUGACUCGGUGAUAAAGAAGCUCAGGGCCCUGAAGGCAGAGAAUCCACGCCUGCUCAUCUCCAGCACAUGGAAGUCACGUGUAUCCACUAAGGACCCAGAUGGAGAAGAAAUGGGUGAGACCCCGAUCUCAAUCAAGCAGCAGAGACUACAGUCAGGACACAAACACAUGAAGCCACAGGGGACUGAUGAUGACUUCUGGGGUCCUCCAGGGCCUGUGACUACCGAGGUGAUUGACAGAGAGAGGAACUUGUAUCGAGUUCAGUUCCCUAUGCCUGGUUCCUACCACUGUCCCAGCACAGGACUCCACUUUGUGGUGACAAGGGCAGUGACCAUCGAGAUUGGAUUCUGUGCCUGGAACCAACACCUGGACAAGAUUUACUUGCAGUACAGAUACAUGGCAGCUGGGCCUCUGUUUGACAUCAAGGCUGAGAGGGGAGCUGUGGCUGCUGUGUAUCUCCCUCACUUUGUGGAUGUCCAAGAGGGACAGGUGGACAUCUCCUCGUUCCGUGUGGCCCACUUUCAAGAACAGGGGAUGGUCCUAGAAACUCCAGCCAGAGUGGAACAGCAUUACGCAGUACUGGAAAACCCAAGCUUCUCCCCAAUGGGAGUUGUAAUGAGACUGAUUACAACUGGUUGGGUACACUUCAUCCCCAUCACUUCCAUCACACUGAUCUACUAUAACCUCAAUCCCAAGGAUGUGACAUUUCACCUCUACCUGGUCCCCAAUGACUGCACCAUUCAGAAGGCCAUUGAUGAUGAAGAAAUAAAAUUCCAAUUUAUUCGAAUAAACAAGCCACCCCCAGUAGACUCCCUUUAUAUUGGUACCCGCUACAUCGUAUCUGGUUCCAGGAAGCUGACAAUCAUCCCAAAGGAACUGGAGCUGUGCUACCGGAGCCCCGGGGAAUCCCAGCUUUUCUCUGAGAUCUGUGUUGACUGCAUGGGUUCAGGGAUUAAUCUGCAAAUCAGAGACAAGAAGAAUAAGAAACUGAUAUGGGAAGCCUUGCUGAAACCAGGGGAUCUCAGACUUGCACAGCUCAUGAUGCCUGCAGUUAACAAAGACGCUCCUGCCUCACUACACUUCGUGGACCAGCAUAGGGAGCAGCUGGUGGCCCGAGUGACAUCAGUGGAUCCUCUCUUGGACAAGCUACAUGGUCUGGUGCUGAGUGAAGAGCAAUAUGAGGCAGUGCGGGCUGAAGCCACCACCCAAGACAAGAUGCGGAAGCUGUUCAGCCUCAGCCGGUCCUGGAGCAGGGCCAGCAAAGACCAAGUCUACCGAGCUCUGAAGGAGACCCAUCCUCACCUGAUCAUGGACCUCUUUGAGAAGUCAGGAGGGAUCUCUGAGGGGUGAGCACUCUCCUUUGAGUCCUGGCUCUGCCUGACCUUCUUUUGGCCCUCGAUUUCUCUGUUUAUAAACCAGUGGCCACCUGAGUUGCCUUUCUGACGCCACUGUUUCCAGGACAGAUCUUUGUGGACCCAGAAAAGCUUAGGGAAUUAGAGGGGGCAUGGAUUCAGUCCCCCCGGGACUGGUGGAGAAAGUGGCAUUUCAGGCUGUCCGGCCAUGUGGCCACUUACUCACCUCUCCAAUCCCCUCAGCACAGGAGCAGGGUCUCUUGAAGGGAUCUAAGGAUCUUGCAGACAAAAAGCCAGAGCUCUUGGUGCUCUUGCAUCAAGGAUCAGAGCACUGCUCCCUGCACCAUAAUCAGGCAGCUCACACGUGUGAAUCCAACUCCAUGGAAUCCAACAGACUAUUUUGGACUCCAUUAGCACUGACACACAAGUGCACAUUCAAAUACACAAAUAAUUUCUUAAUUUUUAAAACGAAUGAACAAAAAGGUGGGAUUCCUCUGUAUUGCUCACCCACCUGCCGCAAUGGCACUUGAGGCUUGCAAUGCUGUGUACUGUCCCGAGGGUAUCCCUGCCAGUCUCUUUCCCCAGGCCACCAGGUUUCCCUCUAGAUCAAGCCUCUGCUCCCUACCUGCCCAGCCCAUGGCCAGAACUGUUAGCCUCACUUCCCAAUGCCUCGCAUCUUCUCGUCUGGACUCUGCAGGUGCAAAGUACAAGCAAUCUGGACAGUGGACACGGGUUUUGUUGCAUCACUCAUAUAAUGGCACAUUUGCAAGGACAGUGCUUAGAGAAUAGACUAUCUUGGUAUUAAUUUUCCAAGAAAUGUUACGAUGUCUUUUCCGUGCUUGGCAUUUCAAGAUGUGAUCUGUGCAGCCUGCGUAGCUAUUGUCAGUUUAGUACGCACAGUGUGGUGUCACCAAGAGACUCCUGAAUCUGCCCUAAGUUUCAGAUCUUUAAUAAGUCCUAAAAAGACAAUAGAAUUUGGAAAUGGAGACUUUAAAGUACACUUUCAUCCAACAAGAGCCAGUGACUUGGGAGAGUUAUGCUUUACACAAUGAAAACAAGGAGUUUAUUGACAAGUUUACACCUUUUGUGUUAUUGAUAAUAAGCAUAAUUGUAACAGGAAACUUCUGAAAAUUAAAGUUAAAGAUAACUA